AUGACCAGUGACAGGGACCAGGACUGGAACUGGGCGGGUGACAUGGGUGGUAUUGGACGGGUCGAGCGUGAGGAGCACGGCGUGGACGGUGGCAGACAGGCAGGCACUGGCCAGCAGCGUCAGUCGGUCCUGCCACAAGACGGGAGACGGGCACAACGGGCAAGAGAGAGAGAGAGAGAGAAAGAAAGAACCUCCAGCGCCUUCCCAGUGCCUCCUUGGGACUGGACCGGGCGGGGCGGGACCGGACUGGACAGGCGUGGGAUCGUGGUUGUGGAUGCAUCGAAUAGCAAGGAGGGUGUGGGUCUGCGCAAGAGCAGGGGUGGGGGCGGUGCAAUCGCUGGGACUGGGACGGGCCCGAAAGGGUUCUAG